AUGUCGGAUUACUUUAGCGUGAAGCCAAUCCCACCCGAAAAUGCGCUCGGUGGGGAAAGCUUCAGCAAUGUGUCGACGCCGAACCAGCUUAGCCCGAACUAUGGUGUGAGAAGGGUGUCGAAGCCUGGGAACAACAGUCAAGACGAUUUUCACUCUGUCCACUCCUCGCAGUAUCUGAUCGAUAUGUUGCCCGACAGUCUCACUUUGAAAGAUAACCAGACCAGUUCGCACCUGUCUGCCAACAAGGACUACAUUUUACCUAAAACGAAUGAGCGUUCUCCCUAUUACGUUGGUGUGCCCGUACCCAACCCGCUGGCAGUCUCGCAGAAUACUAUGCAAGAGGCCGGUGCGGACGACGAGGCGGAGAGCUAUUACGUCAGGGAGUACCCUACCGAUAUCUUGAUGGACAGGUUUCAUAAAUGGAAGAAAGUUCUGAAGGGUUUAAGUAACUACCUCAGAGAGGUGGCCUAUUCGGAGGAACAGUUUGCCAGAAUUCACUUACAGUUGAAGGCAAGCAUUAAAUUCCCCUUCUUGACUGAUUUGGAGGAAGGUACUAACAAACUAAUCGAUCCGCUCACCACUGCGAAACCAAUCAAGAAGCAACAGCCGAAAACACUAGCGCAACAGAAAGCGGCUGCCGCUUCAUCAUCAACUAUACCCGAUGACGCUCCUAAUAUGUAUGGCACAGAGUUUGAGUCUGAGUCACGGCUUCCGAAUGCACCCUUCGCCGCUAACUACAAUGGUAAAGAGAAUACUGAGGUACUUGCUGCGUCAGGGUUUAUGAAGUUUGGUUCUGGGUCCGUGCAGGACUUGCAAGUCGUUUUGAAAAAACAUCAUGUGGCAAUGGCCAACCAACAGUUGAAAAUCUCGAAAGAGAUCUCGACUACGGUGAUUCCAAAACUGGACAGUUUGCGCAAGGAUCUGAACUUCAAGAUUAAAGAGAUCAAAGACUUGCAUGGAGACUUCAAGACCAAUAUCAAGACACACUUGAUGCUUACGCAAAAGCUGCUGGGCAAGUAUAUUGCCUCUGUGAAAUUCAUGAGCACCCAGUCUUCAGCGCAAACCAAUCCUGACUCGAUCCAUUUGCACCCAAAGCACGAUCCAUACCUGUUGAAACUGCAGCUAGAUCUUCAAUUGAAGAGACAAAUCGCCGAGGAAAAUUACUUGCGAGAGGCGUUCAUCAAUUUACAGUCGUCCGGUAUGAAAUUGGAGAAAAUAAUUUACGGGAAGUUGCAACAUGCUUUACAACGGUAUUCUGCUCUGAUGGAUUCCGAGGCAAGAUUGAUGAUCAAAAAUUUGUGCCAUGAGUUGCAACAAGGAUUGCUCACUAAGCCACCCGCUGUGGAAUGGGACCAUUUCGUCUCUCAUCAUCCUUCAUGUUUGUUAGACUUGAAAUCCAAUGAUCCAAUACCUCCGUUACGGAAACUUUCGGAUAUUGUGUAUCCAAAUAUGAAAUGCUCUGUCGCAAAAUGCAUCCGAGCAGGAUAUUUCUACAAAAAAUCAAACUACGCAAAGAAUUACACCAAGGGUUAUUUUGUUUUGACGCCCAAUUACUUGCACGAGUUUGAAAGUAGUCACUUCUAUGAAACAAUUGGGAAACAACCCGUCAAUUCUACCAGAGCGGGGUCACAUCUACCGGCCUCUUCGGGAGUAUCAUCGACUGCACAAAACCAAACAACUACAACAACGAGUGCCUCUGGAAGCGGCAUCCACACAGCUUCGUUGACACCCACCUUAAGUAUUCCGCUGAAUGACUGUACUUUAUCAAAAGGGUCUGAACACCAUUUUACCCUUACCGGUAGAGUGUUGUUUAAUGAAGGCAGGAUCUUGACGAAGGCAACUAAGCGUGCGUCUGUCCCAAAUAAUCACGGCUCUUCCAUUCAAAGUCUGUCUUCGGCAUCCUUAAAUCCUGCUCUUCAUAAUUCUGCGAAAAUGGUGUAUGACGCCCCCAAAUCUGUUCUGGGCAAGAAAAUUCCUUUCAAGAAAUUACUGAACCCUGCAAAGUCCAGAUACACGAAGCAUGAGGAACAGCAAAGAAAGAUUGAACUUAAGGAGGCAAAUUUACUGAAGGAGCAGGAAGCGAAGAACGUUGUUACCUGGACAUUUAAGCUUGUAUCUGAUGAACCGAGCGAGGAAGAACUAAGGCAUUUUAAAAAAUGGGUUCAAGAUUUGAAAAGUUUGUGUGCUUUUAACACUACCCCUGAAAGAGUGAAGUUCAUCGAGGAUAGAGUCUUGAAGCUGCAACAAGGAAAACAACCUAGGGCUAUCAGAUCAACAAGUGGGUCAUCAGUCCCAACUUUGAACGAAUAUAAUGGUCCUCGUCAUUCAGUCGAUGCUUCCUCUUCGACAGUUCACCUCAUGGAUAUGAACAUCAGACAAAACCAGACUAGGCCGCAGUACAUUUCUAUACAAAACUCUCCGAUCACUUUGCCAGAGAGUAGCUUCCGGACCAAGAUUAACACACCUGCUAUUGACGACAAUGGCAAUUUGAUUACUAUGGAAGGGAGAAGUUAUUAUGCGAACCCAGUUUCCAUGAACCCUACACCUACAGUAUCGCCUAGUCACUCGUCUACUUCAGAGAAUACUUAUGUUGCUGGUUUAUUGCCCCAACAGUUGACACAGCAAUUGAAUCAAUUGAAUCAACAGCCCAAAUUGCAGCCUAUGUCGACGACACCAACUGGUUCAUCCAUGACAAAUGCCCCAACCAGACAAAGGCACCAGAGAAACGUAUCACUUCCCACUUCCUUAAAGUCUGUCCACUCUCCAGGUAGUCUUCAAUCAGAAGGUAGUGGGUACUUUGGCAUUCCUGUUGCUAGAUCAUCCAAUGAAAAUUUACCUCUAGUGGGUAUCACUCCUCCUCUAUCACGUACAACUAGCCGUGGUACUUCUAUCACCACACCAAGCGUGAAUAGAGUGCCAGUGGUGAAGGUAAAUAAUGAGGAAGUGAAAGAAGCGAGACCAACUUUGACCGAGCGCUCUAGCACCGGUAGUCUACCCUCUUCAGCGACCACAAUGGCGACCGAUUUAUAUCAACGAAACAACUCAAGUGCUACUAACCUGACUACAAGUAGGGUCCAUCCGAUAAGAAAGCAUAAAAAGAACGUUUCCUUUAGUUCUUUGAACAGUUUGAUGUUUGCCAAAAAAGGAGCCUCCUCCAAUUUCAAUGGUAACCAAAUUAUGAAUGGUGGUAUCCGUGAAGAUGAUGACGGCAGUAGCAUUGAGCACAAUGUCAAACAUAACGACGAUAAGGUUAAACUGAACCAAUCAAUUUACUCUUAA